AUGCAGCCCGGAAGCAGCUCACUUAAAACACGUAGAAAUGAAGUGGAGAAAAACCGAAGAAGAAAAAUGAAUCAUCUAAUUUCCAUCCUUUCCUCUCUCGUCUUUACUCAAAGAUCACAGGAAAGAGUGGCAUUACCUGUUUUGUUAGAGAAAGCAGGUGACCAUAUUAAAGGACUGAAGGAAAGCAUAGAACAACUGCAGAGAAGGAAGGAACAACUCAAGUUGACGGUACUUGCAGUUGAAGAAAUGGGAUCAACUUUGGAGGUGAAAUUGAUUGACAAAAAUUUCAUGUUGCAUGAACUUCUAACUGUUCUCGAGGAAGAAAAUGUUGAAGUUGUGAGUGCAAACUAUUCUAAUAUGGGCGACAAGAUCAUAUAUACAAGGCAACACUGUUCCAGCAAGUUCUAUCAGUGA